GGUUUAAAUGUGCAUUGAUGCAUGUCGUGAAAUCAUUACUCUAAAUUGCACGAGUUCCAAUUUUUUCCAUGGGAUCCGUUAGUUUGACGCUUCACGCUUACAUUUAGCACAGCCACGACUUAAAACAAUCAGAAUGUCAAUUUGACAUUAGCUCGCUGUUGUUUUCAUUUGAUAUUUGCUCUCUCUCUGCUCCACGUGCAUUUUUUACCACGCUUCGAAACUUUUAAUUUUCCGACAUUUCCAAUUGUGUUUUAUUAAAGAAAAUAAUUGCAAAGCCCACAAAUAACAAUGGGUCGUAAAGCAGAAUAUAGUGAGAAAGUGAAAAAGGGACCCGGCCGUAAGGCCCGCAAACAGGGACCACCCACAUUCCCCAAAAAAUCGUUUGCUCCCAUGGAGGAAGAGGACAAAAAGUUGUCUCAUCGUCAAAAGCAGCGCUUAGCCAAAAGACAGAAAAAUAAACAAAUAAUUAAAGAGAAACAAAAAUUGGCCAAAGAAAAGAAAUUCCAGCAAAGAAAACAGAAAGAAUAUCACAGUGAUAGUGAGGAAGAAGAGGAGAAGGAAAAUCUAAAUGGUAAUGGCCAUGUUGAAGAUGACAGUGAGAUGGAAUCGGAGGAAGAAGAGCAACCAAAAAAGGUGGUGGCAAAGAAUAGCAAAGGUCAACAGAAGAAAGUCAAAGGCUUUACCGAUGAAAACAAGGAAUGGUUAAAGCCAAAGCAAAAGAAGGCCGGCAAACAAUUUCUUGAAAAAGAAGCUGAAGAAGAUGAGGAGGAAGAGGAAAGUGAUGAAGAAGAACAAGAAGUUAAGGAAGGUAGUGAUGACGAAGAAGAAGUAGAAGCUAGCGAUGAUGAUGAAGAAAUUGAGGAUGAAGAUGACGAGGACGAUGACGAAGAAGGUGAAGAGGAGGAAUCUGAUGAUGAAGCUGAGGUUAAAUUGGGAAAGUUGGAUGACCUAUCAGACGAUGAUGCGAACUCUGAUGAUGAUUUUGAUGUUUCUGGUGAUGAAAAUGACGACGAUGAGGAUGAUGAUGAAGAUGACGACGAUGAUGAUGACGAUGAUCUAUUACCCAUUGAAAAGGAAAAUAAGAAAUUGAAGAAACGUGAAGCUAAGGAAGCCAAAUUGGCUGCAGAAGAAAUGCAAAUGUCCGUAGACCAACAAGAAAUAUUCCAAUUCCCCGAAGAAGAUGAGGAGAAAGAAAUCACUCUACAAGAGAUUCAACAGCGUAUUAAGGAUGUCACGUUGGUAUUGUCCGAUUUCAACAAAUAUCGUCAACCCGACAGGCCCCGAAGUGAUUACAUGGACCUGUUGCGCAAAGACUUGUGCGUAUACUACAGCUACAAUGAAUUCCUUAUGGGCAAAUUGAUGGACAUGUUCCCUUUGAGUGAACUUAUGGAAUAUUUAGAAGCUUCCGAAGUGGCUAGACCGUUGACAAUACGUACCAAUACUCUGAAGACCAGAAGAAGGGAUCUAGCUGCCGCUUUAAUUAAUAGAGGUGUUAAUUUGGAUCCUUUGGGGAAAUGGACUAAAGUUGGUUUGGUUAUUUACAGUUCCCAAGUGCCUUUGGGUGCAACUCCUGAAUAUUUAGCUGGUCAUUAUAUGAUUCAAGGUGCCUCCUCAAUGCUGCCUGUCAUGGCUUUGGCUCCCCAAGAAAAUGAAAGAAUUUUGGAUAUGUGCUCUGCCCCAGGAGGCAAAGGUUCUCACAUUGCUGCCGUAAUGAAAAACACUGGUGUGCUCUUUGCCAAUGACGCCAAUAAGGAUCGUAUUAAGGCUGUUGUGGCCAAUUUCCACCGCUUGGGUGUUGUCAAUUCGAUCGUCUCCUGUGAAGAUGGUGCCAAAUUCAGACAAAUUAUGACAGGUUUUGAUAGAAUUCUGUUGGAUGCUCCCUGUACUGGUACCGGUGUAGUUUCCAAGGAUCCCAGUGUUAAGACCACCAAAUGCCCUGUGGAUGUUCAGAGAUGUUAUAAUUUGCAGCGUAAACUCUUGCUUACUGCCAUCGAUUGUACCGAUGCCAAGUCGGCAACUGGGGGUUACAUUGUCUACUCAACAUGUUCGGUAUUGCCUGAAGAAAACGAAUGGGUUAUAGAUUACGUUCUGAAGAAACGUAAUGUAAAAUUGGUACCGACUGGCCUUGACUUUGGUGUUGAAGGUUUCACCAAAUAUCGUCAAUAUAGAUUCCAUCCAUCUUUGAAUUUGACUCGCCGUUAUUACCCCCAUACUCACAAUAUGGAUGGUUUCUUUGUGGCAAAAUUGAAGAAAUUCUCCAACACCAUACCGGUGAGUAAAGAACAGCAGGAGGAAGAUGAGAAACAAUUGGAUGAUGGCAUUGCCACAACUAGUGAAGAAAAUGUUGAGCUGCUAAAUGCUGAAGCCGAAAAUGAAGAGGGUAAUGAUGAGGAAUCCGGCAAAGGUAAAAAAUUGGGCAAACGUGCCGGAAAACCUGUACUAAGUGAAUUGGAUUUGACCAUUAAAAAACAAAAAUUGGAGCAAAGUAAACAAAAAUAUAUUGCUAAGGUAUUUGAGCCACCGGUAAAAGUACCCAAAAAGAAAAAGGAAGUUCCGGCAGAAGAGAACAAAAAGAGCAACGGAGAAGAAAUUAAGGAUAAGGGCAAAAAUAAAACCAAGAAAAAUGUUAGUGACAAAAAGGAGGAGGUGAAAGAACCCGAGCAGAAGCAGAAACAACCAAGUAACAUUAAAAAAGAUAAAAAGAAAAAUAAACAGAAAUCCAAGGAGACUACAGAAACGACUGUUGAGGUAAAGAAACAACAACCUAUUGAAAAACAAAAACCCAAGGAGAAGAAAGAACACAACAAAUCGGAAGAAAAACAACAAACAAAAAAGAAUAAACCAGAAAACAGACAAGAACAGCCUGCUACCGUCAAGCCCGAGAAGAAAAAGGAACAGAAACCUUUGGAAGUUGCUACUCCUCAAAAGAAAAAUAAAUCAACGAAAAAUGUCGAAGAGAUUGCAUCCUCACCUGCAUUGCUAGAAGGAAAACCGAUUAAACAAAAUAAACUCAAACAAAAAUCGAAUCAAAUGGGUAAAUUAAAAAAGAAUAAAAAGUAGGAGGAACCCCGUUCACCUUUUUAGAAGUAUAACCAUAUGUUUUUGUUUAUUAUAAAUAAUAAAAUAGAUUUUAUUUUUUUAAUCAUAAUUAAGUGAAAUUAAGGAAAUAAAUAGAAAAAUACCUAUUGUACUAUAGGUAGAUUGUUGGAAAACAAUAA